AUGUCGGGAGCCUUUAAUAUCCAGCCAAUUGGUCGCUUCAGCGGCGACAGCCAAGCUGUCAAGAGACCCAGAGAAAUUGCUUGUUUCUCCUAUGAUGACAAGCAUGAGUUUCAUCUCGGUGAUUCCUCACUCAAAUGGUACUAUCCGCCCGAGUUGGGCGCAGACUUGUCGGCAGGCUUUGACACCUUUGACAAGCACGAUGACUCUGGCGAUGAGCACUUGGACAGCCUGCUCAAGACAAUCAUGGCCCAUGAGCAGCAGGAGGGAAAGAAGAUUGACGCCCAAAUCAUUAUGUCUGCUCUGUUUGAUGACAGAGAUGGCUUUGAGAUGAAUGCCACCCUGUAUCAAGACUGCAUAUUCAUCGAAGAACACCACGCAUAUAAGCAAGCAUCAAAAGAGAAACAGCAGCAGCAGCAACAAAACAGGAAACCUAAGCGGUGGGACAACCGAGGUCGAGGUGGCCCAGGACCUGCGCCUCAAUUCUCUCCCGACGUCAUGACUUACUGGGGUUACAAGUUUGAGACUCUGAGCACACUGCCGGCGCCGUGGGGCGAGACGAGUAGAGAGUUUAUUGAGAACCGCGACAAGGAGGUCGUGAGCAACAAGGCUCAGUACUGCUCCGUGGUUCGCACCGGACUCGGCAAGACGAUCCUCUGUAUAGGUGGUGAGGUAGACGCAGUCUGGGACGCCAAGCCUAUGGUUCCCGGCGCGCCCACCAACUGGGUCGAGCUCAAGACGAGUGCCUCUAUCCGCGACGACCGAGACAUGAACAACUUUGAGCGCAAGCUCAUGAAAUUUUGGAUCCAGUCCUUUUUGCUCGGCGUGCCCAAGAUUAUCGUGGGCUUUCGGUCGCAAGACGGUUAUCUCGAGAAGCUCGAGGAGAUCAAGACCGAGGGCAUCCCGGUCACGGCGGCCCAGCGCGGCGUCAAGACUUGGAACGCCAACAUGUGUAUCAAUUUUGGGGCUGGAUUCCUGGAAUGGCUGAAACGGACUGUCAACGACGAGGGUGUCUGGAGGAUACGACGACAGCCCAAGUCGAGCCAAAUCGAGGUGUUCCGAGUCGAAGAGGCCGGACAUGGCAGAAUCCUGACGGACGAGUUUAUCAAUUGGCGAAUCAAACUCAGCUUGGGCAGCACUGACUAA